GAUGGCGGCCACCAAUGUCCCACUCUCCACCCAGAGUAGGGUCCUCGGUUGUCUGGUCGGUCUAGCGGUGGGUGAUACUAUUGGUAUACCGGUUGAGUUCAUGCCUCCCGGGUCCUUUCCCCCGGUCACCGGUAUGACGGGUGGUGGGCGGUACAACCUGUCGCCAGGACAGUGGACCGAUGACACCAGUAUGUGCCUGUGCCUAGCCGAGAGCCUCAUCGAGUGUAACUGGUUCAAUCCGGUAGACCAGUUGAAGAGGUACCAACGAUGGUACCAGGACGGCCACUUGUCUUCAACCGGUGAGUGUUUUGACAUUGGUAAGACGGUACGUACAGCGCUAAACAAGUUCACUGGGUCUGAGGAGUUCCCUGGGUCAGUCGGUCCUAGAGCAGCAGGUAACGGCUGCCUAAUGAGACUAGGACCUGUUCCUUGUGCUUUUAAGAACUGUCACUCACUGGCCCUCCGAUAUAGCGCUGACUCAGCAAGAACUACUCAUGGACCACCUGCCGCUACUGAUACAUGCAUAUAUUUCGCUGGUCUAUUGCUGGGUUGUUUUGAAGGAAAGUCAAAGGAAGAAUUAUUAGCUGAUAAAUAUAGUCCAAUACCUGAUUACUGGUUGAAUAAUACAAUGGUACCAGAACUUGCUGAGGUUGUGGGCGGGUCUUAUAAGAGAAAGUCUCCGCCCGAUAUAAAGGGGAGUGGCUAUAUCAUUGAUAGUCUUGAAGCAGUGCUGUGGGCAUUCUAUCAUACUGAUAAUUUUAAAGAUGGGUGUCUAAAAGCAGUUAACUUGGGAGAUGAUGCUGAUACUGUUGGUGCCAUAUUUGGUCAAUUGGGCGGAGCUUAUUACGGGAUAGAAUCAAUACCAUCAGAAUGGAAGGAAUGCGUUUCAUUUUUAAAAUUAAUUGAAUUAUUUAGCGAAGAAAUUAAUAAUUUAGAACCAAAAGAACAAUCUGGACUUGUCCCAUUUUCAGAGUUAUCUGAAAAGUACCGAAAUGUUAAAAUUAAUUUUUACGAUGUUUUGGAGAGAAGAACUCAUGAGACAUUGUACAGGUUCUCCCAACCUUGUCCAAAGCAAUACACAGAUUUAAGUCAGUUUGAUGAAGAAGUUGAAAGGAUUAAAUCUGAAGUCCAAGGGGCACUGUCUGCUGAUGAAGACAAUUUAUUUAUUUUAAAAGACUUUGAAAGUCUAUGGAGCAGUUACAGAAGCAAAUUACAAGGAAGACUAUCAAGAAAGAAGAUAUAAGCUUUAAUAUUUUACCUUUUUGUAUGGAUUUUCCUCCUCUGAAAUUCAAAUGAUUGUUACCUUCUCUCUGAAGUAGUGAAGUAGACCAUA